UUUUUUUAAAGCGCAGACGCAGAAAACUCGUCACAAACGCAUUUUCCGUUGUCUCUCCUGCUUCUGGUCAGAAGUACAUCAACUCUUCGCAUCUCCAAUAAUAAACAGAGAGUGAAACGGCAACUGUUUUAUUCGGGUUAUACAGGGAGUCCGGUUCAGCACGGCCGUCGCAUAUGGAGGGAGAGGAGAUAGAAGAUGAAGGACCUUCGCUCCAGAGGGAACCUCCACACAGUGAAGAUCUCCAGCUGGCACAGCAGGACUCGUGGCGUGCAGAGAGCUCGGCGCCGGCAGAGCGCGUGUACGUGGAUAAAAAGGCAGUGGACAAACUCACGGAGGGAUUGCUCUCUCAUUACCUUCCUGAUCUACACAACUCUAAAGGAGUCCUCCAAGAGCUCACACAAAACCAGCUGAUCUUGUUAGACACACUGGACCAAGAGGUCACCAAGUUCAGAGACUGUAACUCCCUACUGGACCUCAAUUCACUGUUUACAGAGGCGAAGGUUUAUCACAACCGACUGGUGAACAUAAGGAAAGAGAUGAUUAUGCUCCACGAAAAAACCACUAAACUGAAGAAAAGAGCUUUGAAGGUGCAGCAGCAGAAGCAGAAGGAGGCGCUGGAGAAGGAGCAUCAGCGUGAGAAGGAGCUGGAGAGAGAAAGGCAGCUCAUCGCCAAACCUGCGAAAAGAACCUAAGAUCCCGUCGGCUGUAUAAACGUACCGGUGCUUCUGCAUGCCCUCCAGUAUUUAUUAAAUAUCAACUGUACGCCACAUUACUGCUAACUUUAUUUCAAAACAAAAUACAUUUUAGGAAUCUUUUUUUCUCCCCCUGAUUUUCUGCUUUUUUAAAAGGGGGAGGGGGAUUUCCAACUAGAACCAGGCAGCUUCAAUUUCAUCUCAUUUUUGGAAUUGAUCUACUUGAAACAGGGUUCAUUCACUUAAUCCAUCCCGCUGAGUAUUACAAAGGUGACAUGCUCUCGUAAUGCUUCAAUGUCGAUCAAAACGGUUUCAUUAUGAUGUAAUUUUUUUUCUCGGCUCGCCCUGUUUGCCACCAACUUAAACACAAAACAAAAAGGUUUAUGUGGACAGCGUCUGCAAAGAGAUGAUAUGAAGUUGUUAAAAUGGGACAUUUGUUUUCCGCCUUUGCUUCCAACCGUUAAACUUUUGGGAUGUGAGUUGUGUGGUUUCUGGACGUGUAAAAUGACACUCAUCCAUGUUUUGUUUAUAGAGCUAACAAGAUGAUUUUGGUUGAAAGUGUUAAACUGUCUUUGCUGAAAGAAGGGGAUUGAAUUUGGGUACUCGUCCAAUUAAUUUUCAGUGUAGGGCAUUUUUAGUAAAUGGGCCAAAAGGUCCGGCGGGAUACUUUUGUGUCGGACAUUGCCCAGAUCCCCACAAGCCAAAGAUGUGGACUAAAUCAUCACAUGCUGAGACUUCCCGCCAUCGACCUCUGCUGACACAAACUCUUCUUCCCUGCGAGUCGGAACAAAUGACUCGGAGACACUUUGAAAGCCGUCGGACAAUGACGAGGAAGAAAAUGGGUUUGCUGUUUAUGUUUUGUUUAAAGACACAGUGUUAAUAUAUUAUUCCUUUUUGUGUCGAAUGUUGUGUAACAGAAACGCUGUUUGAAAUGAUCUGCACUGACUAACUGUUUCUGGGAUCCAGAUGAUAAUGUGCAGCAGACGUUGUGCACUACUUCACUGUUUGUACAGUUAAUAAUAAAGGCAACGCAAACUGGUUUGUUGUCAA